GUCAGGAACAGCCAAAGACGCAUAUCUCUUUAGCUCUGUCACGAUCAGUCACGACACGUGAACGAUUCUCCGCUUCUUCUCCGGACUCCUGUCUGUGCAUGAUCAUAUUGCAAUCAUGGACAGCACGGAGGACUUGAACGAGACGCUGAUAGAAGAAGUCCGAAAGCACAGUUACCUCUACAAUAUGCAAUCGUUUCUGUACAGGGAUCAGAAGAUGAGGCAGGAUGCUUGGAUUGAAAUAGGGAAGCAACUGAAUAUGUCUUCGGAAAAAGCGAAAGAGACGUGGGAAAAGCUGAGAAGAUGUUUUGCUAACGCGUCGAAACGACGUCGCGAUAAAAUUGGUCCACAAACUAGGAGAAUCCAUCCGUGGAAAUACGAGCGACAAAUGUCGUUCCUUUCAUUGAAAAGCCAACCGCCGAAGGAGAAACCUUCGAGUGACGACGACGUAACGCAAAAAAAAGACGCAGAGGAUACGAUACUGCAAGAGGCGAUAGUAAACAACGACUGGAAACCUUCAUCAAUGGAAAUGGUCGACAUAGUCUCGGACAAUGUGGAUUUGAAAAAAAAUUUGGACGACACCGAUCUCUUCUUUCUGAGCAUGGCGAGGAUGACCAAAAAACUGUCGAAGAUCGAGCAAACGAAUAUUAAACUCACCAUUAGUAAUACAGUUCUUCAGGCUGAACUCAGAGAUGAACGUGCGCGUGAGAGUCAUUCGUAAUCCGUAUUUAGGGAGAAAAAUUCGGUUGAAUAAACGAUUUCAUUUAUAUACCGAGUGUAAAAA